GUGACGUCGCUGUUUAUAUAACAGAGGAGGAAGUAGAAGAUCUUUGUUGUUUUGAGGUCAUUUUCUACGUUAACAGAAGAAAAAUGUGGAAGAUUGUCUUUAUCGCCUUUGCGACGGCGUUCGCCGUCAGGAUGGGUGAUACGGUAGGGGCGCCCCAGGUCCACUUGGGUGGCUUGGUAGGGGCGCCCCAGGACACAAAUCCCAACGAUGACAUGGCGCAGCAAGCCCUGAACUUCGCCGUCGACGAACACAACAGGAGAACCAACGACCUGUACCUUAGCCGAGUGUCAAGAGUGAUCAGUCUUAAGAGUCAGGUAGUUGCUGGCAUUAAGUACUUCUUUACAGUGGAAAUGGGAAAGACCCCAUGCAGAAAGAACCAAGAAACUGGAACGUGUGCCAUUAACAAAAACCCGAAAAGGGCUCAGCUUUACCAGUGCAUGUUUACCGUGUGGUCCCGGCCAUGGAUGCCAGACAUCCAGGUUUUGAAAGAGGAAUGCUAGAAAGGGGAAUCGUAGACAGAGGACAGCGUGGGAAUUUUCCAGUGCUGGCAUUGUUUGCGAAAUAGCAUUCACACUAAGAAAUGACCAUUUUCUUCUAGAUGAACCACAAAAAUAUCAAGAUUAGCAUUUUCUGCUGUCUUUUCCUAUUUCUCUAGCUAGAUUUGCUUAACAGUUUCACUUUUCAGAAUAAUCUGUAUUGCAGUGUUAAAGUUCAUAAACAAUGUAUUUGUCUUGGUAAUUGUUAGGACUUUAGUUUUACAUUUCUGUUAUGCCUUUGUCACCCCCUUACUAUAUAUAAUAUAUAUAUAUAUAGUUCAUUUGUUUUUCUUCAUUAUAAUACAUGUAGCCUAUGCAAUAAAUUUGUAAAUUUUCCCCUACAUUGUAGGUUAAAGGUUCAAUAAAGAAA